GCCAACCGUUGAAUAUUGUUUCGCCGAUGUCAACUAUCGGUCCGCUAGGCCGUAUCCUUAGAUUGUGACCAACUAGCGUGGCUGUACGGCAAUGCUCGAAUGUAUCCAUGGCCCAUGCUUAUGCGCUCGGGAAUUAUUUGCUCAAGUUAAUAUCGACUCGCCGAGUUGGAGUGUUUCUAAUGAUAGCACUAACCUUGGUGGCGGAAUAUGGACAGGUGCCGCACCCACCGGAAGAGGACUUGGGCGAGGGUUGGGAGCAUCUAGACAUCUAGACUAGAGCAGAUCAUGGAGAUAUAAUCAAGCAUCAUCGGGUCUUACGGAUUCUAUAGUCAGGAUGCUCUUCUCACUUCCUCUUCUCGUCGCACCGGCCCUGGUCGCCGCCCACGGUGCCGUAACAAGCUACGAAAUUGGCGGAAAGAAAUACGAGGGUUACCAGGGAUUUUCCCCCGUCCAAGGGGCUCAGAUCAUCCAGAGACAAUGGCCCGACUACAACCCGAUCAUGACCGUCACGGACCCUAAGAUGACCUGCAACGGCGGCACCUCCGCCCCCCUCGCCGCCGAAGUCGCCGCUGGUCAGAACGUGACUGCGUUCUGGAAGCAGUGGACUCACCAGCAGGGCCCCGUGAUGGUGUGGCUGUACAGCUGCGACGGCGAAUUCACGGCCUGCGACGGCAAGGGCAAGAAGUGGUUCAAGAUCGACGAGAUGGGCCUAUGGGGCAACGUCCUGAACAGCAACAACUGGGGAACCGCCAUGGUCUUCAAGGACCUGAAGUGGUCCAGCCGGAUCCCCAAGAACCUCAAGCCCGGCAACUACCUCAUCCGCCACGAGCUGCUCGCUCUCCACCAGGCCAACACGCCCCAGUUCUACCCCGAGUGUGCCCAGAUCAAGGUUACCGGCUCCGGUACCGCUACUCCUCCGGCUAACCUCCUGACUUCCAUUCCCGCAUAUGCUGCCCAGUCUGACCCUGGUAUCAUGGUCGACAUCUACCAAGGUGGUGGAACUUCGUACAAGACCCCUGGUCCGGCCGUGUGGAUUGGGUGAACAGGAUAAGGAGGAGAUCAUGAUAAUGAAUAAUGCAUGGUUAGGCGAUGGAAAUGUGUAUAUAUAUUUUAAAGACUAACUACCUCGCUUGAUGAUUGAUACUUUGGAAUAUAUUACCAUUUUGCCCCGUCGCUGUCUCUGUGGGCUGUUAGUAGUGCAUUG